AUGGAUCAUAAAUCAUUCAUUAAUUCCUUGAUAUUUGAGUAUGUGAGCGCGUCCGAUGUUGAGCGUGCUUUUCAAUUAGAACUAGAAGGUUUUCCACCUGAAGAAGCUUUCACGUUAGAGCGAUAUACAUAUAUUCAAAAGGCUGCUCCUACUUUACUCUUAGGCGCUUAUCUUUCUGAUUCGACCUCUUCCAAUAAAUUAUUAAUCGGAUUCAUCAUGUCGACGCUCGCAGAUGCACCAAAAUUUACUAAAGAGUCAAUGUCUUAUCAUAAUCCUUUUGGAAAAACUGUUUGUAUUCAUACUGUCUGUGUAGAUAAGCUAUAUCAAAGACGUGGAGUUGCUCUUUACAUGUUAAAAGAAUAUAUUAAGAGAUUAAAAAAUGAAUCUCAAAAUAAAGAUGUGGAUGGCAAAUACGAAAGGGUUGCGUUAAUAAGUCAUAAACAUUUAAUUCCGCUUUAUCAGAAAGCCGGAUUUAUUUUAAAGGGUGAAAGUGAGAUCGUUUAUG